GUUGACUCUCUAUUUCCAACUUCGACAAACUAGUGUUGGGUAUGCUCUCCCUUCUGAGUUAGGUUCCUGUCCAGCUGGAGCUCUAGGAAGAUUUCGUGGUCGAAUAGUAAGAUCAGAAGUGUAA